CCAGCCUCCACUCGCAAAAUCGAAGUCAAAUCAUUGAAGGAUUGUUUCACGUUUUGGCCAAGAAACUCAUGAUGACGAGCCUUUAUCUUAUGAGUUACUACACUGCUGAACUGAUUAUCUCUGGUGACAAGAGUAUGCUUCCACGGCACUGUUUCCCGAAGGAAAACCUGAACUCUUACAAAGGAAUUUUAUCCUUUGUAAAUGUAAACAAUAACCACUGGAAACUUCUGUACAUAAAUGCUGAUACUGGAACAGUAUAUCUGGUCAAUCCUGCUCAGUGUCACACAGAGGUCAACGAUUCCACGACUGCAGCCAAAAGAUUCCGUGAAUUCUUAACAAUGCGGAGAAUGCACCACGGAAAUGCAGAGUGGGAGGAUAAAGAAUGGAAAGGAGGAUGUUUGGCCCACCCCACACAGCAGGAUUCAUCCAGCUGCGGUGUGAUUGUUACCUUGAUUGCCGCAGAGCUCAUGAAAACUUUUCCAAAGAUUCCACAUAUUAAAUUUGAUUCGUCAACGAAAGAAAUGGCCAAUGAGAGAACAAGACUUGGAUUGGAAAUACUGGCAGCAUCAGUAUUUGAUCCCACCAUGCACUGUGCCAUGUGCUCAUUGGCCAAACCACCUGGAGCAGGUCCUCCUUUGAUUAACGGGAUACAGUGUGACGAAUGUGAAAGGUGGUAUCACGAGCAAUGCCUUGGAAUGACCGUGGAUGACUUGGCAAAGGCGAAAACAGGGAAUUGGUCAUGCAUUGUAUGUGAGCCAUGAGUGUGAAUUGGACACAUGGGAGACCUUCAUCUAUAUAUAUCUGAGUGUGUGUGUGUGCGUGCGUGCGUGCG